AUGCGACUCAUCGAUACUCGCACACUCGAACUCGCCGACUUCGGCAAUCAUCUUCCCUCGGCGCAGUAUGCCAUUCUCUCGCACCGAUGGGGCGACAAUGAGGUAACCUAUCGACAAUACAUGGCUCUGGACAAAUCGUUGCUGCGUGCUCAAACCCCGCGUGCCUACAGCAGUGGCCUAGACAAGAUCCUAUGGGGAUGUCACAUGGCACGCCGCAACAACCUUCGCUACUUCUGGAUCGACACCUGCUGUAUCAACAAGAACAAUGAGGAUGACCAGACAGAACUCAGCGCGUCCGUUAUGUCAAUGUGGAAGUGGUACCACGAGGCCGCAAUCUGUUACAUCUUUUUGGCGACAAUCACGCUAUCUGCUGCCGAAGUCGAGCGAGAUCCCAAUGCCUUUAUGGAAUGGCACCAUAGCAAGGACUCAGAGGACAGGGACUAUGGCCGACCCGCCGAGUACUUCCGGCGUGGCUGGACGCUACAGGAGCUGCUCGCGCCACGGCGCGCCAUCUUCUUUAACGCGACGUGGUCCUUCAUCGGCUCGCGUCUGCAGCUCGUGGACCAGAUCUACAAUGCCACCAACAUCGCCAAGCAGUACAUCAAUUCAAACGAAGGGAUCCGGCUCGCCAGCAUCGCUGCCCGUUUGAGCUGGGCUGGUGGGCGAGAGACAACGCGCGAGGAAGACCGUGUGUACUCAUUGAUUGGCCUCUUCGAUAUCAACAUGGACAUCCGCUAUGGCGAAGGCUACGAACGCGCCUUCUACCGCCUUCAGAAGGAGAUUGUUGAAAAUGAUCCCAGCGAGGACAUCUUUGCCUGGACCUCUGAUAAACUGGCCAAGUCAGGCUUACUCGCGCCGGAUAUUGACUGCUUCGCCAACUCCGGCGACAUCGACCGCAUCUGGACUCAGGACAAAGAGCCUCACCAGCUUACCAGCAAGGGUCUGCGUUUGCACAUCACAGCGCGGCUGUGGGAAAUGGCGCGAGAGAGUGCCCAGGCCAACAACCAUCCACACCCGACGGUCGUGCUGCCGCUGGCUGCGGGGCGGCGGAAUAAGCAGACCAAGGAGGUCGAGGUCGUCACCAUCAUGCUAGUGUGCAUGAACUAUCGAGAGUCACCGACAAGGAUGUUCGUACGCGAGCACUGCGAUCGCCUGGGGUUUGAGGCAUCGACGGCAGCCGCUGCAACAUCGUUGUCCGCAUCUUCGACGCGUGACAGCAAGCGCCGAUCGCAGCUAAUGAAGGCAGACGAGUACAUCUCCAUCUUCGUGCGGCAGGAGUAUAGUUUUAACCCUGCACAUCGGAAGAAGACGAUGGAACUGAUGAGGCAGCGUUUUGGAUCCUUUGGUCGCGAAUUCAAGGCUUACGUGUAUGAAGGCCGUUACACGACUCCUGAGGCCGUACCUGAAGGAAGGGUGGUGAAUGGUGGUUCGCUGCGCCGUCCUCGUUCACCGAGCCCUCACAUUGGGUAUGCUAUGUGA